AAGAAGAAGAGUGAACAUCGGGGUGUCUGGCAUCUCCCACGAUCCUUGAUCUUCUGAUAUAAACAGUCCCAGAAUCGUUUGUUGGUACAGAACACCCCGAUUACCCUUCAGUGUAACAUCACCCCUACAGUGAGCUAAGCCAAGAUGAAGUUCCUAAUUAUGGCCUCCUUCUGUGUUGCUGUGGCUCUUAGUCAGAACGUUGUUCAGCCAAAACCAAAUGUGCGGAAUUUGCCUGCUGAAGUCCGCCCAGAGGCUCAAGGUCAAUGCUACGGAUUCACUGCCAAAAAGGCCUUCCCUGUGGGCCAGUCUUGGCCCCUGGCUCCCUUCUGUGGAAGAGCCACCUGCAUUCAACAUGAAGGCAAACUCUUCGAAAAGGUGGAAGACUGUGGCUUUGAACCCAAGCCAUCUCCUGGCUGCAGAGUCAAGAACGAAGCCGACAAGGACAAGCCAUACCCAGCCUGCUGCCCCGUGUACGAGUGCCAGCCAGGCGCCUCCCUCCAGUACCCAACUCCAGAAGAACUGAAGGCUGCUGCAGAGCAGGCUGCCAAGGCUGCACAAGGUGCCCAGGGAUAAGAGGUCUCUGAGUCGUUCCCGUAGAAAAAUCCACGGAAUUCAUUAAUGAAGAACUUAACAUUUAACCCGGAAUCCAUAUUCUUAUAAUUAAUUGAACAGUAAACAAGAACAAAAGAUAGGAUGGGAAGUGUACCUUAUUUAGAAAAUAACAUUAAUUACUGAUUGCUGUUAUGAAAAUCUAAAUUUACAUUUUUAUUGAAAAUAAAAAAGGAAUUCAAGUUAA